CUUAGUAGGAAAACCCAAAAAAAAAAGAAAAAAACAGUAGGAAAAGAAUAAAAUAUUUUUCCAUUCAUUUCAAGAAUGGAUCCUAUUAGGUUUGUGUUGGUUUUCUUGAUUUCUCUUGUGGCCUUGGUCACCGCAAAGGCAAACAAUACUGAGACAGACGACAUCGUAUGGCGAGAACGUGCAUUACAAGCGAGGCAAGCUAAUCAACAGGCGUAUGAACCCAAUCCUCACAUUGUCCUAAAUCAUUUAAACUCACAUGUUCACAAGGCAUUUAAAGGAUACAACUCGACAAGAAGAGGUCUAGUAGGUAAGCGCCAUAGUGGGCCAUGCGAGGCCACAAACCCUAUCGACCAAUGUUGGAGGUGUGAUCCACAUUGGGAAAAAAACCGCAAGAAGCUAGCCGAUUGUGUCCUAGGGUUCGGGCGCCACACCACGGGGGGCAAGGCGGGAAAGAUCUACAUGGUGACGGACCCCUCAGACAACGACCUAGUCAACCCUAAGCCGGGAACCCUAAGGCACGCGGUGAUCCAGACAGAGCCACUCUGGAUCAUAUUCGCGCGCCACAUGGUGAUUCGGCUCUCUCAGGAGCUGAUCUUCACGUGCAACAAGACCAUCGACGGGCGCGGGGCUCAGAUCCAGAUCACCAAUGGCGCGGGAUUCAUGAUCCAGUACGUGAGCAACGUGAUCAUACACAACAUCAAGAUCUACGACAUCAAAGUGGGCAGCGGAGGCCUCGUGCGAGACUCCAUCACUCACUACGGGCAGCGUGGGCAGAGCGACGGCGAUGCUGUCUCCGUGUUCGGAUCUAGCAACAUUUGGCUUGACCACUUGUCCCUAUCUAGUUGCUAUGAUGGCCUAAUCGAUGUGGUCAAAGGGUCGACGGCUGUCACCAUCUCAAAUUGCCAUUUCGCUCGCCAUAAUGAUGUUUUGCUAUUUGGAGCAAGCGAUAGCUACUCAGAUGACAAGAUAAUGCAAGUAACAUUGGCGUUUAACCAUUUUGGGAAAGGUUUGAUUCAAAGAAUGCCGCGAGUGAGGUAUGGGUACACACACAUUGUGAACAACGACUACACAAAUUGGGAAAUGUACGCGAUCGGAGGAAGUCAAGGCCCCACCUUACUUAGCCAGGGCAACCGCUUCAUUGCCUCAGAUAACAUGAACGCCAAAGAGGUGACUAAGAGAGAGUAUACGACAGAGAGUGUGUGGAAGAAUUGGGUGUGGAAAUCUGAGGGAGAUGUGUUGCAAAAUGGCGCGUUUUUUAUCCAAUCGGGAGAUCCUCAUCAUAAGUUUGUACAUGGCCCCGAGUAUAUUCCACCUAAACCGGGCCAAUUUGCAAGCACGUUGGUGCGACACUCCGGCCAUUUGAAAUGUAUUCCCGGUCUACCUUGUUAACAAUGCAUGUGUCUAUCGUCACUUGGAUUUUAUUAGAACUGAUGAUCAAGAGAAAUCAAUUGUACUACUUGAAAAAACAGAUGUUAGUUAGUUGAUGUAUAUACUCUGCACUUUUAGUGUAAAAUUGGUGGAACUUGUAAAUUUGCUCGCAAUAGUGAAUCAUUGUA